AUGUCAACUUUCUUGAUAAGGAUACUUCUUGCUUUGCUUGUCAUAGCAAUGACAAUUCCUCAAAAGUCAGAGGCAGAGUCAGAACAAUGGUGCAUAGCGGAUGAACAAACACCAGACGAUGAGUUGCAGGCAGCCUUAGACUGGGCUUGCGGAAAAGGCGGUGCAGACUGCAGCAAAAUGCAGGAGCCAGACCAGCCUUGCUUCUUGCCAAACACAAUCAAAGAUCAUGCUUCUUUUGCAUUUAACAGUUACUACCAAACUUAUAAGAACAGAAGUGGUUCUUGUUACUUCAAAGGUGCUGCUAUGAUCACUGAGCUUGACCCAAGUCAUGGGUCUUGCCGCUAUGAGUAUAUCCCCUGA